UACUAUUGACUUAUUUAGUGGCUUAUGAUUUUAAGUUAUUUAUAGUUAUUGAUUUGUUAACUAAAUUAAGUACUUGCUACUCCUUCAGUGCCUCUUCACAUAGAACUAUACUGCAGCUUCAGGAGAUCCAGUUAGUUACAUGGAUUCUCCUGAUAAAGUGUCUAGAUGGACUCCUCUAGUGAGUCCAACAAGAUCGAUUCUCAUGAAAUUCAUGUCAAAGGAAAAGGUUAAUCUGUCUGAUCCACCAGAGGAAGAUGAAAAUGUUAACAUUCACAUUGAUCACACUGCCCCUGAUAUUGAAGCUGAUGAUGUGCCAUUCAACAACGCAGCCUCUUCAAACAACACUCCAGCAAGAUCACCAGGACUCUAUGGCUCGGGUAGCAAGAGAUCAAGAUCUAGAAAGAGCGAUGACAUAAGAUCAAAGUCUGUAAGAAGUGAGGAUGUUAGGUCAAGGUCUUCCAAGGUGGAGGAACACAGAGGAUUUGAUAUUAAUCAAGUCGGGAUUUAUGUAACGUGGAGUGAGUUGUGGGUGACUGUGCCAACAAAAAAAGGAGGCCGUCGCCCAAUCUUGGACGGCCUUACUGGCUAUGUGCAACCGAGUGAGUGUUUGGCCAUUAUGGGUCCUUCUGGCUGUGGCAAGUCUACUCUUCUUGAUACUUUAGCAGGAAGGUUAGGCACAAAUACAGCACAAACUGGAGAAAUUCUGAUCAAUGGGCGCAAACAGACUCUGGCUUAUGGCACUUCGGCAUAUGUGACACAAGAUGAUACACUUAUGACUACACUCACUGUCAGAGAAGCGGUCUAUUUUUCAGCUCAGCUCCAACUCCCUGACUCCAUGUCAAGAGCUGAGAAGAGAGAGAGGGCAGAGAUGACGAUAAAAGACAUGGGACUGCAGGAUGCUAUAGACACAAGAAUAGGAGGGUGGAGUGUAAAAGGCCUUAGCGGUGGCCAAAAGAGAAGAGUUAGUAUUUGCAUUGAAAUCUUGACACGCCCAAAACUUUUAUUUCUGGAUGAACCAACCAGUGGAUUAGACAGUGCAGCAUCUUAUCAUGUCAUGAGUCGUAUAAUUAAGCUUGCCAAAGAGGAUAAACGAACUGUGAUUGCUUCUAUUCAUCAACCAAGUGGUGAAGUUUUUGAUCUGUUUAAUAAUCUCUGUCUACUAUCAUCCGGCAGACAAAUUUAUUUUGGUCCUACUACACGAGCUACAGAGUUUUUUGCAUCUAGUGGCUUCGCUUGUCCACCUAUGAGAAAUCCUUCAGAUCACUUUCUCAGAACUGUCAAUAAAGAUUUUGAUGUUGAUAUUAAGCAAGGACAUGCUGGAAGCGUAGUAACUGCUAAAAAAGCCAUUGACAUUCUUGUGAAGGCAUAUCUCUCAUCUGAGACGCGACGCCAAGUAGUCAACAAAGUUUAUGAGAUUGUCCAAAAGCAUCAAGAAACAAUAGUGGAAAGGGAAAGUCAAGCAGGCUUCAUCACUCAAUGUGAAGUUUUGACAAAAAGAUCCUUCAUCAACAUGUUCCGUGAUCUUGGAUAUUACUGGCUACGGUUUAUAAUCUACAUCGCAUUGUGUUUGUGCAUAGGGACCAUCUUUUACGACAUUGGUCACACCUAUGGCUCUAUUCAGGAUAGAGGAGCAAUGCUCAUGUUUGUGGCAGCCUUCUUGACUUUUAUGGCUAUUGGUGGAUUCCCUUCUUUUGUUGAGGAUAUGAAGGUUUUCAGUCGAGAAAGAUUGAACGGACACUAUGGAGUAGCUGCAUUUGUUGUGGGGAGUACAUUGUCUUCUGCACCGUACCUGUUUAUCAUUAGUGUCAUCCCUGGAGCAAUUGCUUAUUUCCUUGUUGGCCUGCAUAGUGGAUUCGAACAUUUUGCCUACUUUAGCUCACUACUCUUUGUUUGCGUCCUUUUGGUUGAAAGCCUGAUGAUGAUGGUCGCGAGUGUUGUGCCAGAUUUUCUCAUGGGGAUCAUUACUGGUGCCGGGCUUCAAGGAAUAAUGAUGUUAAAUGGGGGAUUUUUCAGAUUACCAAAAGAUCUCCCAAAGCCUUUCUGGAAAUAUCCAAUGUACUACAUUUCAUUUCACAAGUAUGCAUUUCAGGGAUUUUACAAGAAUGAGUUCUUGGGACUAACAUUUCCAAAUGAAAAAGUUGGAGGACCUCCCACAAUCUCUGGUGAGGAGAUCUUGAGGAAUAUAUGGCAAGCUGAAAUGGGGUACUCCAAGUGGGUAAAUUUAGCCAUUUUGUUCGGGAUGGUAGUACUAUACAGACUUAUGUUCUUUGCCAUUAUAAAGGCUUCAGAGAGGUUAAAGCCGAUUAUUGCAGCUUACAUUAGUUCUUCCCGCAUGAAAGCUGAUGAUUUUUCCACCGUUCCUACUGCUGAACUAGGAUGUAGUGUACGUAGAGUUCGGGCCUUUUCCCUGUUUGAUUGCCGAUGUUACACAGUUGAUCUGACAUUCGCGGACUAGAUCACAACAAAAGGAAAUAAUUCUACCUUGUAUUUGAUUAGUGUUUACAAAAGUUCAUGUUUGCUUUUACUUGAAUUUCAAGAAGGUCCAGUGAUGUUGUCUUGUAAUUUUCCCACCCUCCUCGUUCUAGGUAUUCGAUGAUGUUAUGUAAUGACUACUGGAUUUCAAGGCUGUUAUGAGCUUGUUUGUUCCAAAUGGUAACAAGAUGAAACUUCAGUAAAAUAUAGAGCCCGUUUGGUUGA